GCUCGGUGCUAAGGGGUGAGUGAGUCGCAGCUCCGUCUCUCCCCUGUACGUUCUCAGCGGCUCCGGGUUCAGACCCACCGUAGGAGCCGCGAGAGAGGUUCACCAUCGCCGGGCCGACAGGACUCUGGGGCCGCAGAGCGCUCCCGCGUGUCGGGUGCUCCGAGUCCUAGCAGCCAGAGAGGGGCCGGGACUCUAGAGCUCCGGGGGUGCCUGUGGAAUCCAGCGCCUCUGGCUUCCUGGGUCCCCCGCAGCGAGAGCCCCAGAGACGCGCUCAGCACCCGGACCACCGUGGAAUAAGAUCGAGAUUGAGAACAUAGUGAGACUACCGCCAUGGGCAGCAAAACCUUGCCAGCACCGGUGCCCAUCCAUCCAUCCCUUCAGCUCACCAACUACUCCUUCCUUCAGGCAGUGAACGGCCUGCCCACGGUACCCUCGGACCACCUGCCCAACCUGUAUGGUUUCAGUGCAUUGCAUGCUGUGCACCUGCACCAGUGGACGCUCGGCUACCCGGCCAUGCACUUGCCCCGGUCCUCUUUCUCCAAAGUGCCCGGCGCCGUGUCCAGCCUGGUGGACGCGCGCUUCCAGCUGCCCGCAUUUCCCUGGUUCCCUCAUGUCAUCCAGCCCAAGCCCGAGAUCACCGCUGGAGGCAGCGGCCCCGCGGCGCUCAAGACUAAGCCGCGCUUUGAUUUUGCCAACCUGGCCUUGGCCGCCACGCAAGAAGAUCCGUCCAAGCUCGGCCGCGGGGAGGGUCCCGGCUCCCCCGCCGGUGGGCUGGGCGCCCUCCUGGAUGUGACCAAGCUGUCCCCAGAAAAGAAGCCCACGAGGGGACGCCUGCCUUCCAAAACCAAGAAGGAGUUCGUCUGCAAAUUCUGUGGCCGCCACUUCACUAAGUCCUACAACCUCCUUAUCCAUGAGCGGACGCACACAGACGAGCGGCCCUACACCUGCGACAUCUGCCACAAAGCCUUCCGGAGGCAAGACCACCUACGAGACCACAGAUAUAUUCACUCCAAAGAGAAGCCUUUCAAGUGUCAAGAGUGCGGGAAAGGAUUCUGCCAGUCCAGGACUCUCGCUGUCCACAAGACACUACACUCACAGGUGAAGGAGCUCAAAACCUCCAAGAUCAAAUGCUAAAUAGAGCCUUCGGGUCACCAGGACCCUGGGUCACGCUGCCCCCUCCUCCAGAGGGUCCAGAAGCCGAAGGCGACUCUGGCGGGCUGCGGGAGGGGCUCCCUGGACCUUCCCCCACCCUAAACGCGUCCCCUGGGUCCCGGGCGCACGCGGAACUCCAGAGCCCCGCCUCGGGGCCGUGACCCCGGCCGCCCGGGCGGCUCCCCCAGGACGCGGCUAAACUCUUGGCCAAAAGGCGGUACUCACGUGGCGGAAGGGAAACUGCAUUAAAAAAAGAACGAAAGCUUCGCGGAGCCGCAGCGGCGCCUCUCCCAGAAGUAUUACUUUUUCUAUUGUUAUUUUAUACGUUUUCUUUAUUAUUUUUUUCUUUGACCAUAUAAGCUUGUAACUCUGACUGCGGAGAGAGAGA